CUCUCAUUAGGUAGAGAGCCAUCAACUUUUCACGACCGUUGACAUUUUCUGAAGACUAGAAAAUAAAACAAUUUCCUAGAAAAAAUAAAAAUAAAAUCAUUCCCAGUUUUCAAUCUCUCUACGUUUCCUUCCUUCUGGACCAAAGAGCUAAUGUCGAUGUCUCGCCACGGAUUGAUGUUGCUGCUCGUCGCAGUCUUUCUUGUCCUGCUUCAGUCAUCUACUUCUCUGAUUAGUUCUCCAAGUUCUAUCAUCAACCCUUCUAAAGUCAAACAAGUUUCUUCAAAACCCAGGGCAUUUGUGUAUGAAGGUUUUUUAACUGACUUGGAAUGUGAUCAUUUGAUCUCCCUUGCGAAAGAGAAUCUUCAGAGAUCUGCGGUUGCUGAUAACGACAAUGGAGAGAGUCAAGUCAGUGAUGUUAGGACCAGCUCCGGCACGUUUAUCUCCAAAGGAAAGGAUCCUAUUGUUUCUGGUAUAGAGGACAAGCUCUCCACAUGGACAUUCCUCCCAAAAGAAAAUGGAGAAGAUCUUCAGGUGUUGAGAUAUGAGCACGGUCAAAAAUACGACGCUCACUUUGACUACUUCCAUGACAAAGUCAACAUCGCCCGUGGUGGACACCGUAUAGCAACUGUGCUCAUGUAUCUUUCCAAUGUCACAAAGGGUGGAGAAACUGUUUUCCCUGACGCCAUGGAGUUUUCCCGCCACAAGCUUUCUGUAAACAAAGACGACCUUUCUGACUGUGCCAAGAAAGGAAUUGCUGUGAAACCAAAGAAAGGAGAUGCAUUGUUGUUCUUCAACCUCCACGAAGACGCAACCCCAGAUCACUUGAGCCUUCACGGAGGUUGUCCUGUGAUUGAAGGAGAGAAAUGGUCAGCAACCAAGUGGAUCCACGUGGACUCGUUCGAUAAGAUUGUGACACAUGACGGUAGCUGUGCGGAUGUAAACGAGAGCUGUGAAAGAUGGGCAGUGCUUGGAGAAUGCGCAAAGAAUCCAGAGUAUAUGGUGGGAACUCCAGAGCUCCCUGGAAAUUGCAGGCGUAGCUGUAAAGCUUGUUAAAAAGAGUUUAAAUUGGUUAUUGUAAUGUAACAUGAAGUUCUUUUUGAAUUGAUCGAUCUUUGUUUUGUCAUUUUUCUUGUUUCUGAUGAGUUGUGUGUUGGUUGAUGAGACUAUCUCUUGUUCUUGAAUCAGUUGGAAUUUUUCUAUCAGUGGACUCUCUUAUGUUGAUU